UAAAAUAUUUGCAUCAAGUACAACAGCCUGACAGCCAACAUAAUUGGAAUUUUAUCAUUGAAAUAUUUAUUGAUCUGUGUAUUUUUGUUUGAUAAUUGAAGUAUUUGUUCUCUAAUGAUUAUUAAUUACCAAAUGAGGAAUAUUUUAGUUAAACAUAUACAUUUUAUGCUCGUGACCUCUGUGCAAACAUGGAUCAACACGAAGCACCUCAAUGCAGCCGUGAACCAGAUAAUGAUCCACAAGCAACAGAUGAAACAAAAGCGCUGAGUUCCGAUGAACUUGUACAACCGCCAACAACAGAUUCUCACACUCCCGAACCACCCAAAUCAUUUAGUAUAACAUCAAAUUUUUCCUAUAUAGCAAGCGAUACAUCAAGAAAUAGCAAUUUAUUAGCGUUACUACGUCCAUCUUUGCAAGCUAUCACGUCGGCAUCGACUACUACGACAACAAAACCGUUACCACUGACCAAACCCCAGACCUUAUUUCUCCAAGCGCUGUCUAAAUUAAACGAAAGCUCAAUAAGUAUCGCUAUUAUAAACCAUAUAAUGUCCACGCAGCCGUCUGUGACUAGUAAAAUCAUAAAUACAGAAAAGAAAGCUGCGUAUUUAUCACCACCCGAUUCUUUGACUAGCGCGCCACCGUCGUAUUCAUUUGUAUUGAGACAGAUGGCCGCACGGCGGCGACCCCGUUUAAUGGGAACUUUUAUACCGUCUCCGUCUUUCGUUCAACAUACUCCACCGCCAACUUACGCAACCGCAUUUGAUAUUUAUGUCGAUAAUUCUAUACCCCCACCUCCACCCAGAACCUAUAGCUUAGGUUUCGCGUCAAUGCCUGUUCUAUGCCCUGAAUGUGGUUUUACAGGUAUGACUAUAACGAGAACUAAAAUUACAUUGUGUACACAUAUGUGUGCGUUUAUGUUAUGUUUAUUCUGCUGUUGGAUAUGUGUCCCAUUACCUUACGUUUUAAGAUCAUGCAAAGAUGUAUACCAUUAUUGCGCAAACUGUCGUAAUUAUUUAGGAAUGUAUUGCCCUACAAAUCCAGAAAAUAGUAAUUAUCGGUGACAACAGCUUAUUUAUGUGUUUUGAUAUUUAAUUUUGUAUUGUUUAUUGUGUGUAACCCUUCGAAAUAAAACGUUUUCUGGAAAAUCUUA